AUGCAAAAAUAAUUAAGAAUUGCCACUCGAUCUUCAGCCUUAGCAAUGGCUUAAACAAAUUAUGUUAGAGGAGAAUUGAAUUAAGAAUGUGAGAUAAUAAAAGUAUCGAAUGAGGUUGGUGAUGUGAAUUUGUAAGAUCCUUUAUAUUAAAUGCCUACUGUAGGUGUAUUUACAAAGUAGGUUGAAUAGUAUUUGUAAAAUAAUGUAACUUAAAUUAUAGACUUGAGUAGAAGGCAGAUGUUGCAGUACAUUCCUUAAAAGAUCUACCUACUAUAAUAGAUGCUUAAUUGUAUUUAGCUGCAUAUACAAAAUUUGAGUAGAGAGGAGAUGUGAUGUUACUAAAUACUAAAUACAAUUAUAAGAGUUUAAGUGAAUUACCAGAAGGAUUUAGGGUUGGUACAUCAUCACUAAGAAGGCUUGCAACAAUUAAAAAUAGAUAUCCAAAAUUAAAUUUAAUAAUAUUAGAGGAAAUUUAAAUACCAGAAUCUAAAAGCUAGAUGAAGGAUAGUAUGACGCAAUCAUUCUAGCAAAAGCAGGCAUUUUAAGAUUAGGUUUAGCUGAGAGAAUUUCUUUUGAUUUAGAGGAAAAGGAGUUUCUACAUGCACCUGCACAAGCAGCCUUAGGAAUAUAAUGUAGAAAGGAUGAUAUCCAAACAAUAGAUAGAUUAUAAAUUUUAAAUGAUAUAGAUUCAUAAAAGAGAUGCGUGGCUGAAAGAAUGUUCCUGAAUUUAUUAGAAGGAGGAUGUACAUUACCAAUUGCAGUUUAUAGUGAAUGUAGAGAAGUUGGAUAAGUCUAUAUUAAGGGUAGAGUUUUAGCUGUUGAUGGCAGCUAAGUAAUUGAGGACGAGGCUUUAGAUCAUUAUGAAAAGGUAGGAUAGAUAUUGUGUGAGAAGAUAAAGGCUCUUGGAGGAGUGGAAUUAAUUGAAAGCUUAAAAUAAUAAUGA